AUCACAUGUCAGAUGUAGGGAAACUGCGGGCAGAUCAACUGGGAUGUGCCGGUUACCAGAAGGCUCCCUCCCCAAAGGACGUUGAGGAUCAAAGCUGACGUUGUCUUUCCUUGGUAAAUUUUGCAUGGUUUGGCGACUAAAGCAUAUCUGAGAACAGGUAGCUGACAAGAUUUCCCUGCAAGGACCGGCAACAUGCACUGUGCCAUCCAAAAUGCAGCGGUGCUGGAUGGGGCUCAUUUGAUGCAGAUCUUCUGGCAUGACGGCGCAGAGUCUCUCUACCCAGCUGUAUGGCUGAGAGACAAUUGCCCGUGCUCCGAUUGCUACCUGGAUUCUGCAAAAGCGCGGAAACUUCUCAUCGAAGCUCUUGAUGUGAACAUCGGUAUUAAAAGCUUGACGUUUGACAGAAAAAAGGUUUGUAUCACGUGGCCAAAUGAGCAUUACAGCGAAUUUGAAGCUGACUGGCUGAAGAAAAGAUGCUUUUCACAGCAGGCCAGAGAAAAACUCCAAAGAGAGUUAUUUUUGCCAGAAUGUCAGUACUGGGGCGCAGAGCUCCAGCUACCUACACUGGAUUUUGAAGAUGUUUUAAAAAAUGAUGAACAUGCCUACAAGUGGCUCUCCAGCCUCAAGAAAGUAGGCAUAGUACGACUCACAGGAGCAUCUGACAAACAAGGACAAGUUUUAAAACUUGGGAAAAGGAUUGGUUUCCUUUAUCUCACAUUUUAUGGACAUACUUGGCAAGUGCAAGACAAAAUUGACGCAAACAAUGUGGCUUACACAACUGGGAAGCUAAGCUUUCACACUGAUUAUCCAGCCCUCCAUCAUCCACCUGGGGUUCAGUUUCUGCACUGCAUAAAGCAAACAGUCACUGGGGGUGAUUCAGAAAUUGUAGAUGGGUUUAAUGUAUGCCGAAAGCUCAAGGAAAAAAAUCCUCGCGCAUUCCAGAUUUUGUCCUCCACUUUUGUGGACUUUACAGACAUUGGAGUGGAUUACUGUGAUUUCUCUGUACAAUCCAAACACAAGAUUAUAGAAUUAGAUGAUAAAGGUCAAGUGGUUCGCAUCAACUUCAAUAAUGCAACCAGAGAUACAGUAUUUGAUGUACCUGUUGAAAGAGUUCAGCCUUUUUAUGCUGCUCUGAAGGAGUUUGUUGACCUCAUGAACUGUAAAGAAUCCAAGUUUACUUUCAAGAUGAAUCCAGGUGAUGUGAUUACUUUUGAUAACUGGCGCUUACUUCAUGGCCGACGUAGCUAUGAAGCAGGAACUGAGAUAUCCCGCCAUCUAGAAGGAGCUUAUGCCGACUGGGAUGUAGUGAUGUCAAGGCUUCGUAUCUUAAGGCAGAGUAUCCAGAACAGAAGCUGAAUCUCCUGUCUAUAAUUUCAGUAAGAUUCCAAUUAUAAGAUAUGGCAAGGUUGUCUUCACAGACCAGGAUCCAUGUCAUUUACAUAUUAAUUUCUUUCACAUUGAACAUGUCACCUUUCUUGGGCGGGUUUUCUUUUCUUCAUAAUCAUAUAUAAUGCCAAUUUUUUAGAUGUUUUAGCAGUGUUCUUUUCAAAUAAAGCAUCUCUUCUGCUCUAUUGCAUGUAUGAUCUAAUUUCUUUUGCCUGUAUAUGAGAGUCUCCAGAAUGCCUACAAAUAGUUUUGUAUCAAAUAAAACUUUUUCAAAUAAAGCCUUUUUUAAAUAAAGCUUUUAUUUCAAAUAAAGGUUGUGUUUCAAAUAAAACUUGU